AUGUCCAGAUACAUGCAAGACCCAUUUAGGAAUACAGACCUCAAGAGAGAGUUAUCUGUGCUCAGCUUAAUUCCACUCACCUCCGUGUCCCAAGUGGGACACAUGUGCUUUCAGGUAGUUGAAUGCCUGAGGAUGCCAGGUGCUGUUUCUCAGUUGAUAAAAGCUGCUAGAUCUUCCAUGACUGUUGAUUUUUAUCAGGUACCGCGCGCUAACCGAUUGCGCCACUGGAGCACCCAGCUCCUACUUCCGGUCACUCAUUACACGGCCUACACAGGAACAUCCGGCGUGUUUGCUCUGAUCGUCACGGUUCCUCGGGCGCGCGCCCUUAGUCCCGGGGCCGCCUCUCCCCCGGACGCGUGCGAAGGCGGACUGGGUUCCGCUGCGGUCUCCACGAGAGCCACCGGUCCUGAAAGCGCGGAUGCUUUGUUUGCGGAAACGAAAGCGAGUACUUCUUUCCAAGGAGACUUGGGAAAGGGCGGACGCUCCCACUGCCUCAGGCGUUCCCUGGAGGACCUUCAAGUCGCCGCUGUGUGGGCGGGCUAGCGUCCCGCUGCUGCGCUGGUUCCGAGCCCUUCCCUUGCCUCUCCCAGGGUCCUUCUCCCAGCGUCGGUGCGAGUGCAAUGCUAGUGGUGGGAAUCCCUGGGAGGAUUACGAAAUCCUUCAAGUGGGAUUUACCAAAGGCGUUCCUUUCCGCUCGCUUCCGUUCCCGCUCAACAAACGUGUUGGAAACGUGUUGCUACUGAAAGGAAGUGGUGCAGGGCUGCAUUUUCUGUGCCUAGUCUGCGAGAAACAGCCCUGGAAUAGGGCCUCUAUUUCUUCCUUGGAGCAUCCCUCCCGGGGACCUGGGAGUUGAAACUCUCUAGGCUAAAGAAACUGAAGCAGGUUCAGGACUGGGUCUCUGAAAUUCUGGGUGUCUCUACGCUGGGUUAAACUAAGUUUUUCAGAAAAUGUCUAACUAGGCUAAAGACCUUGUGCUUCAGAGUGUUUUGAGAGGAGAGUUUGGGGGAAAGGGCUCUCUCUAGAAGGUAAAUUUGUAUGGGAGAUGGGGAGUGUGUGUUUACACGGAGUAUCGGGCGUCUUUCUUAUGGGUGGACAUUGUGGAUGAGAAUGAGAGAUUAAGGCAGAAUUAGCUGGGCUUUUAAUCCCAAACAGUGUUUUAAAAAUAAAAACUAUAUAUUUAAGGUGUA